AUCGCUGUGGGUCAGAUGUGGCACCUGUCCAUGGUAUCGCAACUAGGGGGCUGGCACCAUGCAGAGCGUCCUCCAGCUGAAUCCCCCCGAACGCACCUUUCAUCCCCGCCGCGCGCACCGCAAGUCCCGUGCCGGCUGCCUCAAAUGCAAGGAGCGCCGGGUCAAGUGCGACGAGUCCAAACCCCACUGUCUGCGAUGUCAGAAGCUCGGCUUCGACUGCACCUACGAUGACGCCAAGCGCAGCGCUGUCGCCGUCUUCCUGACAAGUGCGCCGGAUUCGAAAGCAUACUGCAUGUCAGUCGAUGCGGUGACUAGGAAAAUCAACCAAACCUUGAAUCUAGAUGCAAAGACCCCCCUGCCUGUCGUGGAGGCAUUACAUCACUUUCAUGAUCUGUCGAACCCGGCCUUCGGGCCGAAGCGCAUGCAAGCUGCCAUGCAGGCGAAAAUCAUCCAGCUCGGGUUUGAUUCACCUUUCCUCUUGCAUACCAUCAUUGCGGCCGCUACCUCUCAUAUUCGGCAUCUGGCUCCAGAUAAUCGCGGCUAUGCUGUGUCGGAAAUCUAUCAUUGGCAGCAGGCUAUCAGCCAAUACUCGCAGGAGAUCACCACCAUCGGCCGGCACAAUACGGAUAGUCUGAUCUCCGCGUGCUUGCUGCUGACUGUCCGCUCUUUUGCUCUAGAUGAGUAUAAUCCGCUUGGCUCGUUUGUUUUCUCGGAUGAUCCGGCAUCUUUGAACUGGCUCUCCCUGCAGGCGGGGCUGCGCCAUAUUCUGGGGGCCACGGCACAAUGGAUCGAUGGGAGCAUGUGGUGGGAGAUGUUUAUGAAUACUCGCGAUCAAUUUCUAGAUAUCUUUGAUGAUGAACGCCCGGGACGGGUGGCUAUGGAUUCGGAGCUGGCUGAUCUUUGUGGUAUUGAGGAGACGACGACCGCCGAGACGAAUCCGUAUCACGCGCCAGUGCGGAUGUUGACCGGACUCAUGUCACUAGAGCGGGGGAUCAAGUACUUUGGUGCAUACACUGGCUUCAUGGGUCGAUUAUUGCCCGAGUUCUUUGAGAAACUGAUGCAAAAAGAUCCGCCGGCUCUGAUACUUCUAAGCUGGUGGCUGGGAUUGAUGCAUGGGACGGGCAUGUGGUGGGUGCAGACGCGCGCAAAAUCGGAGAUUACAGCCAUCUGCUGGUACCUGGGGAAUGAGGAGCACUUGGUCAAGUUUCUAAGGUUUCCGUCCGAGUGUGUGGAGGAUAUCACGUUCAUAGAAUGAUUCCUAUUAUUGUGCUCCGUACUGUGUACUCCGUCCUCCAUACUCGGUGAAAUCAAAGAAUC